UGUGAGAACGGAGCAGAAGCUGAGGGGAUGUAUGGGUAAGGUGGUAUACAGUAAUUUCCGUUGGUUGGUCGCGAGCGAAGUUUUUAGGACAAUUUAGGACGGUGCAAAAUGAAGUUUUCUGUAGUAGUGGUGAGCGUUACUUUUGUGUAGAAAGUGUGAAUUUAUCAUUAUGAAUUAAUGUGAUACGUGUACCGAUGUGAUGAACUGUAUAUUGUGAUGAUAAAUUUUGUUAAUCUGUAAUUUCAUAACAAAUGUUCGCGUUAUUAUAAUCGAACUUGUUAGCGGCAGUUUGACAGACUUGUUUCUGAAAAUGACAACGAGCAGUGGACAAGCCGCAGUAGUGAAUAAAACUUCAGUCAAAGAACAAUUUUGUGUUAAGCAGGAAUUAUUUGAUUUUAAAACUAUCUUAAAUAAGGUUGACACUCGAAAUGUGAGCGAGCCAGACAUUCCUACUAAAUCGUCUACCGAAAUACUGUCAGAGUUGUUUGGGUCUUUCAAUGCAGAACCACCAAAAAUUGCAGAGUGUGUGGAACAAAUUAGUGAAAAUGGACAUGAUGUUGCAGGGCGGAAGUCUGCAGAAAAAGACACUUCUCUUCGAAAUAAAAGGAGCAAAAAGAGUAAAAAGAAACACAAGCAAAAAGAGAAGAAGCAUAAGAAGAAGACAAAAUCAAGCAAGAGGCAGGGAAAUAGUGAAGACAGUGAUGACACUGGCUGUGGGGGUAGGAGACACAAAGACCCAAGUGAAGGCAAGAAAAAGAAGAAGUUGAAGGACAGCGGUGUGACUGAACCAAAACUAAUGCCAACUAUGGAACCUGUGUCUAUUAAGAUCACCACUGAUGGAAGUAAGAAUGUGAAACGAACAGUGGCGUGUUCACCUGCAGACCCAAAUGGUAGCAGAGCCCCUCCCCUUAGUCUGCCGGCAGCAUCUGAGGAGCCAGUUGUGGAGCCUCCAGGGCACGCUGCCAGCUCACAAGUUGCCGAAACCAAUGCCAAGGCUGGAAUACCUCCUGCUGCUACACAGCCCAAACAGUUGACUUCAGACAUGAAGCCAAGGUCAGGACCAGGCAGGAUUGUCAUCAAGAACCUCAAGUAUAGUUCUGUGUACGAGGAGACGGUGCGGCAGGUGGAGGAACAGGCCAAGCUGAAGGCAGAGCGCUAUGAGGAGGGUGAGCUGUCUGAGGAUAGCAGUGACAACAAGGAGGCAUCCCCCACUGAUGAUGAUCUGGUAGCAUUGAGUCCAGAGCACAGCACCAGCUCAGACAGAAAGGAUCAGCACAGGCACUGUCGGAAACACACCACCACGGAUGACAAGCAUUAUCACCGCCACCAUCACCACAGUCACCACCACAGGAGUCGGAGUCGGUCCCACGAGAAAAGCAAGAGAAGCCACAGUAGCAGCAGCCAUGACAGGCAUCACAGUCAUGGCUGCAGUAAAAGGAUGCACAGCCGAGAGAGUAGCAGCAGCCGUGAACGUCUCAGGAGGAGGAGGAGUCAUAGCAGCAGCAGCAGGAAACGAGCACGACGUUCACGUUCCCACUCAAGGCACAGGUCACCGGGCCACAUAGACAAGCAGAAGCUGCUCGAGAUUGCCAGGAAGAAUGCCAUGACCCUGCUGAAGCAAGGCGUGCUCCCCAGCUCUGUGGUGUCGCAAGACAAGAUGGUAGCCAUCAAGGCAGGAGGCAAGAGCGUGGCUGAGCUCACAGACUUCUGUAAGCAGCUGUCAAAGAAAGAGGCUCUCGGUCAGGCGUCUAGUGAGUCUGAAGGGGAGGAGCACCCUAGUAGUGGGAGUGACACUGAGCGACCGUUCCACCACCCCUUUCAGAUCAAGGAACGGCCAGCCUCAAUUGUGAUGAACAUCAGGAACUCAGUGCAGCUGCCAGUGAAGACACUGCAGGAGAAGACUGCCGAGCAGUCAAAGCAGUUGCGGAUCCAGUUCCCUGUUUCCAGUGGGCAGCAGCACAGGAAGUCGGAGAAUGAGUGGGUGCCAGUGUCACCUAAGAAAGAAGAGCCCACAGCCUCUGUAGUUGCAACAGAGGUGACAGAAAACAGAGUUGUAAUGGAGGCAGUGAACCAGGUGUUCCCCAGCGCCAUGGUCACUGAGGAACUCGAUAUCGGUGCCAUCGUGUCGCAGCGACUCACGGCAAUGCGAAAGUUGCAGGAAAACCCCAAUGAUGUUCAGGCUAUCUCAGAGAUGUACCGUGCUCAGAAAGGUAUGCAGAUGUGGGCUGAAUCGAAGCAGCAGCCAGGUCAGUUUACAGGUACCACAGGUGCUCGAGUGCUCACGGCUGCAGAGCUUGCAUCUGGCUACCAAGCAUGGGCCAAGAAGGCCUCUAGCAAGAUGAGAUCAUCAGAGGAAGAGCAUGCCGCAGCCUGCAAACAUCAGUGAAGCAAGAGGGCCGUGGAACGGUGAGUAGACACUUCAGCAUGGGUAAGUUCAUGGACCCCCCCCCUACAGGGCCCUAGUCUGUGUCACUAGGGCUGCCUGUCACUGUUUGUAAUUAAUAUUUAGGUCCCAUGGUUAGGGUAGCUCCCAGUUGUAGAUAAUAUUCCCAUGCGUGACAUCCAUGGCCCCUAUUGAUCUUCAUGUCGGUCAGGGAGCCCGCUGUCCACACUGGCCAGCAGGAAUGCCUCGCAAAACUUCAUAUUGGCUCCAGGCAAUCUCAGCCUCAAGAUCUUUGGCACAAGAGUUCUGCAUCUGAAUCAUACACAUCUUGAGUCACUGCUGAAGCUGAGAGUUCAAAGCCACACUCUGAUUUUGGUGCUGUUGCACCAAGAAGUAGCAAAAUGUCCCUAUUUGCCCAGCAGUGUCUGUGCAUAGCAACUCAACAACCACCGAAUGUGAUGCUGUGGAAUAUUAUUACAGCAGUUAACUGACGAUAUGAUGACCUAUAAUAUAUCUCAAGCCUAACUUGCCAGAUGUUUAUAAAUCUUACAUUUCUUGGGGUAAACAGAAGGGAGUGAAGAUGACAAAAUUGUUAAGCUGUGCAUGCAUUUCCUAACUUGUUUGCUUUUAUUUUAAUUAAAAAUUAAUGGCUUUCUUAUAUAAUGCCUUCUGAGAUGGUGGACAUCUGGCAACUGGCAUACAUCAAAACUCACAGAUCUGUAGAAUAUCAUAUCAAAAUAAGAAUAUUUUGAAAGCAGUAAUCAUUACCCAUAUUGUCAUGUGGAAUUUUGAGGACAUGGCUCUGCUUCUUGCAGUGAUGUAAAUCCACAUGUCCCUUGUCUUUGCUGCUGUCAAGCUGAUGCUACAGACUGAAAUAUUCUUGUAUUGAUGCUGUGUGGACACAUGAGUUUUGUUGUCACUUUGUUUGGUGCACAGUCAUGCUGCGUGGUGAUUGUUGAGUACCAGCAUGUGGUAUCAGUUCCAAUAUUGAGUGUUCAUGUGUGAUGUUACUUAUUUUCAGAGUUUUGUAUUGUGUAAGUUUUUAGAGCAAACACACCUGUCCCAGCGGAUUCUGACCUCGUGUAAGCAAGAGACAUUCUUCAAGUGCAGAUCCUUUAAUCUUGUUAUAACAGUUCUAAAUCAGUGUUUCUCAGGUACACCAGACCAUAAUUGCAUGACUUCCAGGAAAUACCAUGCCUUGGUAUGAAUGUUGCUUCAUUGUAGGUGAUUCAUCUCUUAUAUUUUCUUACCAACACAACAAACAUGUAAACAUACAAGGCUGGAGUGACACUGGUAGAUUUGCAAGGGCUCCAACGUUGGUGUAUAACACUCAGGAUUAUGGGUUUUUUGGACUUUGUCCAUCAUCCGGUAUUUUAGAGAACACAAUGUUUCAGACACUGGAUCCCUCUGUUUUACUUUCUCUAGAACACCAGAUGAUAAACAAAGUCCAAAUCCCAAUAAUCCCGAGGGGACUGACGCUGUAAUUUUGCGUGAUGUAGUGCUUAGAAAAUACACAGCCCUCUGAAGUUGUGUUUUUGUCUGUACGGUUAAGUAACAUAUGCCACGUGAAUAUAAUGGCUAGUGAUCAUAAAGAUACUUUUUUGUAUGUUCAAAACACUGGUGAUGUGCUGCGUGUGAAACAAAUCACCAGCUUAUGCUUGCUUCAGUGUCAGAACGGAAGAAUAUCUCCGUCUCGUUCUUCCAGAGUCAGCAUAAUGUUACUUCAUGUACAUUGUACCUUGUGUAGGCAACCUUACAAAAUAAAAUUCCCUUGUAAGUAUGUGUAAGUUUCCUCCGCAGGUUAUGAAUACUGGAAGCAUGUUCAAAACAGAAUCUUGUAACUCUACCGAUGAUGUAACGGUCUACACCACCAACGAUGCAUGCUUGUUCCCACUGUAGAUAAAGUAGAACACGGGUCUUACAUGUACUUAUACUACAAUCUUAGACCUGCAUCAAAAUAGUGUGUCAUAUCGUGUUCUGGGUACAGGGAUCAGCACAGUCACGGCACAUAAAACCUUUUGGGAUUCAGAUUCAGAGUGUUCUCUUCUGUGUUAUGGCACCGCAUAAUUUAGUAGGUGAUUACUGAUGUUUUGGAGCCAGUGGGUUUAGUAUUAGUAGCCACAUGCAAACCCAGAGGGCCAGAAUCCGAAUUGUAACCAGUAAUGUCAUAGGAUUGAUGCAGAACGUAGCAUGAUGCUGACUGACAGCCAUGUGCAUUCUUCCCAUUUGAGAGUCACAUGAGUCACAAUGUGUCUUAUCCUUGCACUCCACUGACACUACUGUUUGUGUGUGUAGGACCAGCUCACCACAGCCUCACCAGUGAGUGGGGGUAUGGGCAUGGCACUCCUGCAGAAGAUGGGUUGGCGGCCCGGGGAGGGCCUGGGAAAG